CAUCCAUUUGAGCCAUAUGCUGUCUUGAUUAAGCCCUUAUCAGCUUACAAAUCUAUAAGAAAUUAUGAUAGGCUACCUGUUAACGGGAUUGUAUCAGUGAACCGUCUUACCUCGCCCUCGUUUACUUGAAGUUUUCGUAUUUUGCUUUGACAACUAAAAAAAAAGUGUUGGAAAUGUCGUCCUCCGAAAAAAAGUUCGAUCUUGAUUAUUUACAUAUUAAAUUAUCUGCGGUUUACGAAAAGUCCUCUAGACUUGAUAUGGAUUCUUACAUCAAUGCUUACAUAGAAUUUAACAAGUUUUUUGGUUUAAUGGGCACAGUAUUUGGUUUUGUGUCCUCUGAUGUGACCAGCAAACUUGAAAUAUUACAGGCUUUAAGGCAAGGCCCCAAUGGUCAAUAUUUUGAAACCAUUGAGGACAUGAUCAUGUACGAAGAGAAGGAAAACAAAUUCAGUGAUUCAAAGUAUAUAUCUGGAAGCCGUACUUUGUUGCGCCUACAUAGAGCUUUAUUGUUUAUUGCCUUGUUUCUUGAAGAGCUCUUCCAGCUGAAGUCAGAUGAUAAGCUUUCAGGAGUUUGUCAGAAAACAUACAGUGCCACACUAGGCCAGUAUCAUCCCUGGAUUAUUCAAAAAGCUGCAAUUAUGGCAAUGUAUGCUCUACCUACCAAAUUUGGGCUUUUGCAACGGAUUAAGGGCCCCAAUGAAACUGAAGAACACUAUGCUGAACUACUUCCUAAAGCUGUGAAUGCUAUGAAAGAGGUUUACAAUAAAACCCAAAAAUUGUACCAGGACCACAACAUACUUGAGCUGCCUUAAAGUCUUCAGGUGUUUUGCAUACCACAAUCAAGCAAUAACCCAACAUUUGUGUACAAAUGGUAAAUUUUUUACUUAUUAAAAAUGCUUUGACCAGACCAAAGAUGGAAGAAUAACAAAUGUGUCAACUAAAUUUGGGGUAGUGUUGGCUUACGCUAAACUAUAAUAAAACAAAGUUUAACAUUUUA